ACAUUAAUACUAUAUUUCAAGCCGCCAUAUUGCAUUUGUGCGGUGGUCAAAAGAUUGUGCUGGCGCCUAAUUUUGUAAUUUAUUAUAUUACAUAAAUUAAAAAUUACUGUUCUAACACUGUAAAUUGGUGUUCUGAAGACUGUUAUUUGAAAUUAUUUACAAAAGUAUACUGUGCGAAAAAGUUUUGUGUGUAAUUUUUUUUAAGAAAUAGUUGUGAGUUCCACCAUUGAAGUAACCAAGUGGUGAACCAGAAAAGCAUCACCUACAUCAUCCCGUAGAGGUGUAGGACAUGGAAUGUAGCAUUGAGACAUUAUGAAUGGCACUAUGGAUGAGCCCAUGAAUACCUCACUUCCAGAGUCCCCUGAAAAGCAGCUUAAUGUAAAGGAAGUCACCAGUGAGAAUUUUGAGGAUGGUUCAAACCAUUGUGAAAAUAGCAACAAUACUGAAAAUGACAACCACUUAGAUAGUGAGGCCAGCCAGGAGGGUCCUGCCCAUACCAAUGUUGAGGAUUCGGCCAAUGAUAACAGUAAUGACAGUAAAACUGCCAUAAAAGAUUUAGAAUCAUUAAAUACUGAAUCACUUUCACCUAGAACCGAGCCUGUACAGGAAAACGGCACUAAUGUUCCUGUACAUAAUCACUGUGUUAAUAGCAAUGAAUCCAAUCCAGAAUCAACAACAAGCUUAAAAAGUAAAUCAGAAUUAGAAGACAAUAAUGAGCAUGAUACUGAAGGUUUGCAAAAUGAAUCAAAGAAGAAGGAAUCCCCAAAUAUUGCCAUUGACUAUCCUGAGGAAACAGAUGAGGUUGAUUCUGAAGAAGACUCAUCAGAUGAAGGUUCAGAAGUAUCUGCCGUACCUAAGCCUGAAGACACUGUGAGUAUCAACUCUGAUUCAGAUGUUGAUGGUGGAGAUGAAACUUCACAAGAAAGCACUAAUAGAAAUAAAAGUAAUGAUGUAAUUAUAAUAGAUAAUGAGAAAUUAACUGAAAACCACAAUGGUAAUUCUGAGGACUGUCGUAGUCCAGAGAUACAUGAAAUAAACAGUGAUAAUGAUGAUGACUGUGUAGUAGCUGAAGACGUGAAACCAACUCCAAAAGUCAUCAAAAAAGUUGAAAAUAAAGUACAGUUGCGUCGUAGUAGUAGGUCAAUUAAACGCAAAAGAUAUACUGAUGAAAAUGGGGAUGAAUCUGAUAUAGAAGAAAUUGAAUUAGACGACCCAUUGACCCGCAAAAAGCCUAUUGUUAUUAAUGAUACUAGAGGUUUAGUUGAGAUGGCAAGUAAACAAGCAAAAAUGAACCAUGGAAUUCGCCAAAAGAAAGAGCCAACUGUAGUCAUAAUAGAUACAAAUUCUAUGUUAUCAGGGAAAAACUCAAACCAACAGGGUAAAAAAUCAAAUACAUCUAUAAGCUCUGCCCUGACUGCACAGAACUUGUACCAGAGCAUUGUGGCCCGCGGCACAACUGUCACACCUGUGAGCAGUAAAUCCAAUACUAAUAACACUAAUAUUCCUGUGGGCACACAGAUUACAACUCCUUCGAUAUUACCAUCAUUGACUGAUGAUAUGUUUGUCGUAGAAGCUCCUUCGUUUAUAGUACCUUAUGUUUAUGAAAAGCCUUCAUUGAAGCCAUUUAGAGAAUUCGUAGAUAUAUUGGGGAAGGAACUUGAAGAACAGAAAGCCAAAGAAGAGAAAGAACGCCUAGAGAGAGAAAAGAUUGAAAAAGAGAAAAGAGAAAAAGAAAGACAAGAAAAACGAGAUAGAGGCGAAGAAGUAGAAGAAUCAGAGGAUGAGAAGGAGGUGACAGUUGAAAGCGUCAAAACAGAUGAACAUGAAGAUGAAAAAAGGAAGAAGAAAGAAAAAAAGAGAGCUCGAAGGAAUCAACCAAAUGAUGAUGAUGAUGCAUCUUGGGAUGGAGAAAGUUCUUCAGAAUCCGAAGAUGACAUAAUAAGUGAUGAGGAAAACACCACUAUUGUCAUUAAAGAUAAGGCAGAUUCAAUUGAAGAGAUCAAGGAUGUUACAGAUUUGACUGUAGAGAAAGUUAUCUCUGGCAAAUCAGACAAUUAUUUUGAUUGCUCAUUAGGCAAGUUCUUUGUCAAUAUUGGACUGAAUCUAGUCCAAGAAUAUGUACAGAAUGAUUUAUUGAAACAACAGAAUCGUAAACUUUAUAGAGAGAAAAAGUCUGGACAGAACACUAAGGCCACAGAGUCAUCUAUUGCAUCCCUUAUGAAAAAUGUAGAAUUUAGUAAAGAAAAUAAUGCCCCUUACAAAUUUUCACAGAAAAAAUGUGAACACUGUAGUUUUAAAAGUGAAUCGAUGUUGGCUAUGGCACAUCAUUUAGAAACACCUCAUAUGAAAAAUAAUUUGUACAAAUGUAAUUAUUGUACUUUCGAAAUUAAAAGUCCUCAUGAUAUUUUGUACCAUAUGGAGGCAGAACAUAAUGUAAGAGGGAAAUUAGAAAGGGCCCCAGCAUACCACCAAUGUGCAAAUUGUCCAUUUGAAGACAAUGGCAAGGGUAAACUUGCACGGCACUUGAUUCCUUGUGCUAAGAAGUUCAAACCUGAGCUGAAUCUAGCUCCUCCAGUUGAGUGGGAACCUCCAGCAAAAAUACCAAAGAUUGCACGGGCUCGUAAUAACAUGAUGAGUCCUUACCAAAACCCGUUCAACCGCACCAUCGGCAACAAUAUCCACAGGCCGCCAAUGAACAUGGGCAAUAUGAUGGCGGGUGUGAGUUCCUCAUUCAGGCCACGCGGCCGCUCGCCCUUGGCCCCAGGUCCGCGGGGCAAUGUGCACGGCAUACCCAUUCUGAGAGGAGGAGUAAUGAUUCGAAAUACCCCACCUGUACAGAAUAAUGGCAAACCAAAGUCGUCACAUCAGCCUUCUAUCUCGAUAACUCCGCUUCCUCGACACGCGUCUCCGGUACUCCCUCCACUGCCAUCGCAGCAUGCCAAGAGCGCUUUCGUUAUCUGUGAAAUAUGUGACGGUUACAUCAAAGACUUAGAACAACUGAGGAACCACAUGCAAUGGAUCCACAAAGUCAAGAUUCAUCCUAAAAUGAUAUACAACAGGCCACCGUUAAACUGUCAGAAAUGUCAAUUUAGGUUCUUCACAGAUCAAGGUCUGGAAAGGCACUUAUUAGGGUCUCAUGGUUUAGUCACCAGUUCCAUGCAGGAAGCUGCGAACAAGGGAAAAGAUGCGGGGAGGUGCCCUGUUUGUGGCAGGGUUUACCAAUGGAAAUUACUCAACCAUGUAUCGAGGGAUCACAACCUUACUCUCAAGCCAGCACAUCUCUCAUACAAAUGUACCGUAUGUACGGCGACGUUCGGCAUGUACAAACAGUUUGAGAACCACGUGUACUCGGCGCACAGCGUGGUGGCCAAACGCGUUAUGGAUAAGAGCAAGCCAAGCCAACCCCCGGCCAAAACGAGCGACUCCCUUCUCAAGCCACUGAAAAUUAAUGACGAGAUUACCAUCAUCCCACAACCCGCGAAGGCUGCCUCAGCUAAAGACAAAUAAGGUGUGCUUGUGGCGGGAAGUCAUUGAUCGGGCGCGGCCUGGCUGCAUAUUGUACAAGCGCGUGUUGUGAUCCCGCGUUGAGCUCAUCUCAUACCACAAUUAGUGUGCAUUCCGAUAAUAUGAUAAUGAUAGCCACUGUCACAAAACUAUAAUAAGCACUAAUUAAAUGUAAUUCUCCUAUUUAAAAUAAUAUACAAAAACGUCUUUUGAUACUUUAAGUGCCGUCAAAGUUAUCGAAGUUCCAAAGGAACUUUCACUGCCCAGGCUUUCGAAGCCAGUGAUACAAGAUUCAAAUUGUCUUAGCUGUAUUUAGUUUUUAUAGUUAAGUGUACCAAAAAUAACAAAUCAGUAAAAUAUUAGUUAUAUGGGCAUUGGGAUCAUUGUAAUGAAUAUUAAUUGUAAUGUUAUUGUCUAUAUAAAUGUUAAAUUGGAAUGUUUACUAAUUGUGAGUAUAUUUAUCUCACCAUUUCGUAGUAGUACCUCUGCAGAACACCGGUAGUGUCUGCAUAGUUUGUGAUUAUUGUUUGUGCAAAUCAUUUGAUGUUUGAAGUUUAUAGAGUGUUAUUAUUACAAACGUGUCUCGUAGAUCUAAUAUGCAAGGUUUAACUUUAAUAUUGGAAAUGUGGAGUCUGUCUAGUACUAAGUUCAAUUAACGUGGAUCAAAUCAGCAGAUAUAUAAAUAAAGUUGAGGAUAUAUUGACUGUGACGCUAUCGCCGAAAGAUACAGUUUUUACUAACUUUUUGUAAUUAUAGUUAGAAGUCAACUCUAAUUGUGAGGUUCGCUUGGUGAGAAGCAUAGCUCGAGAUCGUUGCAAUGUCGCUUGUUGUGUUGCUAGACGACGCAUCUGACAUUAAGCGAUUCACGCAUUGUUUCCUAGAUCGUGACAUCAUGCCAUGUUUUAGUUACAUUCUUGGUUAACGACGUCGGCGGCAAAAAAUCUACUUAUUUUGUAUUGCGUCCAAAAUAUACUAUACCAAUGCAAUCUAGAGAAGAAAACUAGUUACAUCUGAAAGUAUGUACCACAUCGUAGUGCCCUUUAAUGUGUAAAUUGAAACCCCUUGAACUUGAGCAAAAACUAAACGAGUAGUCAUAGAUUGAUGAAUUUUUUUAUCGAUGCUUAGUUUCAUGAAUACAUAGAAAUGUGAACGUAUCGAUACAGUCAAAGAAUUUUUAUAUAGAAACUUUUGGGAAAAGCUGUAAAGAGUACAGCUUUUGUGUGUUGAAUUCAUAUUUAAAAUUUUUAAUAAUCUGCAGACAAGACCUAGGGUUGAAGCACACUUUACUUUGUAUAAUAAUAUACCUCCUUAAGUAUAAUGUACAUAAUUAUACAAAAUAGAUAUAAUGAAUGUCUGGUUGAUUAUGAAAACAUUUACAUGUAGGUUUUUACGCGGUGUUAAAAUAAUAUUUAUACUUUUUGUAAUAGUUUUUCAAAUAUAUGGAUUUAAUAUAAAUCUAGUAUAAGUACAUACUGCGCUUGAAAACAGAUAAAACGUGAGUUCAAAUUUUAAAUAAUACGGAAGAACUCAAAAUAUCCCAUUAGUGAAAUGAAUAAAAUUUACUACAAAAAAAAUUAUAGGGUUUUCGUUUUGUCGGGGACCAGGUUCUAAUAGCAUCUAUCAUUUCAUGCUAAUACAUAUAAGAAAUUAUUUUUCUUUAAAAAAUGUCUACUUGUUUGAUUGAUAGUCUUUUAAGAAACGUUUUGUGGCCAUUAAACAAUCUGAAUUAUGCUCAAAAUAUCUUUCACAACCUUCAAACCGAUGUGGAAAAGUUUUAAGUAUGAACUCAUACAAUCGAACAAAAAUUGUCAAAAAUCUAAACAUAUUUAAUUUUUUUUUUGCGGUAUUGGGUUAUUGAAUGAGGGCUUAUUAUUUAAGAUUAUGUACACGCCCCGUCGCGCCAUAUAAUAUUUACCAGUAUAUAAUACGAUACUAGUAAAAUAAAUAACGGUAGUAAAAUAUUGGUAUGGCCAUAUAUAAAAAGUCUAAACUCGAAAAUUAAUAUUAAUAAACGUAAAUAAUACAACUUGUUAUUUCGUAUCGAAACCGUUUUAUGAACCCUGCUUCGCACUAAUCUGUCAUUACUCAUUACACAAAAUUAAAAUCUGUAUUUUUUAGGUACCUACUACGUUUUCUUUCUUAUAUUGAUUAUAUUUCCUAAUAGUCGAGACUCGAUGAGUCAUGCAAAAUGAUUACUGGCUCUACACCGAAAUUAAGAGAUUUCAAAUUCAUGAAUCACUUUUGACUGAUUAUUACUUGUUGAUUAUUAUAUCUUAUUCCAAAUGACGAUAGUCUUAAAUUUGUCAAUCUUGCCAAGUGUUAAUUUAUCUUGUUGACUAUAAAAUAAAUCAAAUAGGCAAUAAUGUACUGAUUUCCGAAAUGAAUCAUAUAUGACUUUAUUGCGGAAUUAAUAAAUUAUGGAAAUCGGUUCACGGAAAUAAAAUAAUUUAUUGUUUAAUUUCAUUUUCCCAAUAUGAACCAUGUUUACCAGUUGUAUAAAUUUUGAAAUGGUGGGGGUGACUGACUUCAAAUAGGUACUUGCGAUUUACAUAUUUUUUUUAAUUCCUAUUGUAAAAAAAUAUGCGUGUCCAUAUACAUAUAAUAUCCAUUUGUCGCACACACAAUAUGUAACGAAAGCUCUGUCCGACCCACGGUCUUUUAGACGGUUCAUAAUCUCACAAGAAACAUUUAAACUUGCCGAUUGUCCUUGUCAGUCUAACGCAUAGAGUUCGUAAUAACUUAAGACCAUCAGUGAUAAGUACUGGUGAAUGUGACGAGUGUUGACUGUGUUUUGUUUUCAUCUUACAUCUCGGUCCGAGUUCUAAAUUCAAUUUAUUUUGGUAUUUUAAUUUUGUAACAAAUAAAAAUAAGCAAACCUAAUUGCCAUCUCUAGCAUAUUUAACAGAUAUUCGAAUUUGACAUUUUAGAUGUUUAUAAUUGGUAUAUAUAAUAAAUUUUGUCACACUAAAGUUAAUUAACAAAGAAAAAACUUACUUGGUCGUUAACCAAAUAACUGGUAUAUUCCUAAUUGUCAAUAUAUGCGUAGUUUUUAGUUGGCUCUUUUAUUUUUGUGUAUUUUUGCUAAUUGAGUUCAUAAGCCAAUGUAAAAUUUAUUAUAAUCUUAUCUACCCGACAAAGUCAAAAUUAUGUGUCGUUAGUCGAUAGAAAAGAGAAAAUAAUAUAUAACCCUCCCCCAAAAAAAAAAUGCCUUUAUAGGUAUAAAGUAAUUAAAAUGUGAAACGUCUUUCAUAAGAAUUAUUGAUAACAAUAUUCGCGUUCGUACUAUCAGCAGAAGUUUGUGAUUUAUUGCAAUACUAUGUAUGUUAUCUUGCUAAGACUAUUCAGGCUCAGCUACGUAUGCAAUAAAGUUGAUAAAAUUGGAAUUGUAAAUUGUGACGACCUGUUGGUAACUUGGUGCAUUUCUGUGGAAAUGUUUAUUAUUUAGUUGCUCAAGGUUUGUAUAGAAUUUUAUAUAAUUAUAAAUAUUUAUUUUGCUUAAUCUUCAGUGUUUGAGUAGUCGAGUAGUACUCAGCGAUUUUUUUUGUCAGUAAGCUUAUGGGUUAAACUAAAAUCUGAAAGCCUGCUCUACGCUUGUGCUUAAUGUUUAUUCUCCGAAAAUAGUUAUAUUGUCCAAAACCUGGAAGUUUUAUUUUUAUAUUUUACACCUUUUUUUUUCCGGACUAGAUGUUUAUUAAAAUUAUUUUUUAAAUAACAAACUUAGCAGUCAGCUUUCGUAUUUUAAAAAUCCUUGCUUGAUUUAUUAAGUCAGGAACAGAUUGUUUGUUGUGUCUGUAGGCGCUAUAUUGUGUCUAAGAAGGCCUAAUUUUAAUUAAACUGCGUAGGUACGUAUUACAUCAUUAAACAUUUAAAAUUUUACUUACAUGUGAAGUAAAUUAAUUUUAAAAUUCAUUUAUCAGUUGUUAUUUCUUGGGUAAAACAAUUAGAUAAAAAAUGUAAAAAGAAGAGAAGCGUUAAAGUAUGUACGUAUGUAAUACAGGGCAAUUUUUUUUAUAAUUACGUGCGUUAUAAAGAGUUUUGUUAAAAUAAUGCACAUUCUGAAUCGACCUAGAGAAAAAGGACAGCGAGAUGUCACUGCGUAGUUGACAAGUUUGGUUAUUUAUUCCAGCUGAUUAUAAUUUAGUUUGGGCUUCACUUAUAUGGAACUUGUGAAAUUGUCUUGGCCAAUAAAGCGCAGCAAACAGGUCACGUGGUCCAAAUGCAAUGCGCGGCCGCUCGCGAAGCCACAUUCCUAUAAGGUUUCUUUCUCUAGUUAAAUCGGAGGUGCGUGGUAAAUAUUUAUUAUUUAAAUUUAAUUAAGGUUUUUUAAAUUAGCUACUAGUUUGAACGAAAAUUGAAGAAAACAUUUCCAUAUAUUUUUUUGUGAGAGUCAAUAAACUGGUUAUCGUUUCUGUGUAGGUUCAACCUUAAAAUAAUUUAAAGCUGUAUUCAAAACUAAUGUAACAUUUUGUUAUUUUGUAAAUAUUACGUAGCUAUUUUAAGUAUUUGUAAUAAAGGUACCAUGAUGGAUGUUUAAUUGAUGGCUAUAUUCGUGAUUAUAUAAUAACAGUCCUGACAUAGAACUUCUCGUUCUAUGCUUACUUAAAAUGUUAUGAGGACUCGGAUUUGAUCGAAGACAAGUCUUAUUUUAUUAUUCUACCUGAAAAUAACGAAAAAAGUUUCUUUUUAUAAUACAUACUUUUUCUGUCUUUUUGUUAAUAAAUAUAAAUUAUCGAGUUAGAAAGUA